CGCGCAGGUCCAAAUGUGCGUGUGUGCGUGCGCGUGCGUGCGCAGAGUGUGUUCGUGCGGUGCUUACGGACAGUCUUAUGCAAGACGCCCAACACAGAGCCACGAUGUCCGACGCUGCUGCUCCAGUAGACAACAACGGGGAGCCUGGGUUAAACGGGUCAUGGGUAGAGCUGGAGAUGAACAAAAAUGCCACAUCUCUCUCGUCCUCUGCUGCCUCAGUGCUGCCCCCUUUAGUCCAGAUAGUAGAGGAGGAUGAUGGGAUGGUGGGGGGGCUGGAACAUGUUCCCUCGUCAUCUUCCAUCCACAAUGGAGACAUGGAAAAAAUCCUGCUAGAUGCCCAGCAUGAAUCCAGCCGCAGUAACUCCUCAUGCGACAGCCCUCCUCGACCUCACAGUCCUCAGGAUGAAGGCCAGAUCAUUUUUGACGUGGACAUGAGGAGGGACAGUCAGGGGGAAGUCAUGGAGGAGAUCAGAGAUGAUGACAUCUUGAUGAAGGAUUCAGACUGGGUCGCAGACUGGUCAAGUAGACCUGAGAAUAUUCCGCCUAAGGAGUUUCAUUUCCGGCACCCGCGGCGUUCAGUGACUCUCAGUAUGAGGAAGUCUGGAGCCAUGAAGAAAGGAGGCAUCUUCUCUGCUGAGUUCCUCAAAGUGUUUAUCCCCUCGCUGCUUCUGUCCCACAUCCUGGUCCUGGGUCUCGGGGUCUAUAUUGGGAAAAGGCUGACAACUCCCCCUGCAAGCUCCAUUUGAACACUGAUCCGAUCAAGUGCCUCAGGCAUGGCCCAGGUGGAUCAGGGAGAACGUUGCAGUUUGUAUGAAGAAGCUCCCUGCUGCCCCUUUCUACCCCUUUUAGUCUUUUCUGCAACAUUUCUCCCUCUUUUUUUUUUUUUUUUUUUUAAUAAGUAAUUCCUUAAAGUAGCCUUUCCAUUUUGGGAAGUGAAGUGAUAAACUUCUCCUCAGUUCAGGCCCUUUUCUUUCAUGUUACCAUUGUCUGUAUCCAUUUUCCAGUUGUGAAUGUCCUAACACCCCCUUUGUACUACUAUUUAAUUUUGGAAGUAUUUGGAGCAUUGCAUGAAACCAAAUGCACACAUGCUAGCUCCACACUAGCUCGAUUCAGCUAGGAGGCAAAAAACAUCGCCGUUUUGGUCCAAUCACAUGACCAAAAAGGUGAUAAAGAAUCUCCUCUAGUUUUUCCCUCAAAAUGGAAUCAACCAAAAUAUAUAAAUUAUUGAAGUUACACGAGCAUGCCUAAGCACUAGCUAAGAUUUUAUUUAUUUCUACAAAUGCUACCAAUUUAGUUCUUUUAUUGACUUCAAGAGCGGAACGCCAGGAUGAUGGACUUGGAAGUGUUUUGGGAAGGAUAGAGCUCUCCGUAGACCCCAAACUCGUUUGGUGAGGAUGGAAAAUGUAAUAACUCGGACAUUAUAUGUUUAUGACUGAAUCACAUGCAAUUUUAUACCAAGUUUUGCAUAAUAUUUUACAGAACCCUGACAGAGACAACACCUGUUGCUCUUUAUAUAUAUAUAAAUAUAUAUAUCAUCUCAUGAACAUAGAUUAAAAACCAGUCUGAUGGGGCUGACGGAUCUCUGUAAGAAAAAAAGUUAUAGUUUUAUCUGUUUCUCUGUGAUUGUUGUGUUGUUUUGUUAGUUUCCUUCACAUACAUAUCAGGACCUAGUGAUUUCUUACUAGGCAUAGCCUACUUUGCAAUACUGCACUAUUUACCAUUAGCAUUCAGAGCUGAGAGGAUCUGGCUUCAGUGUUUUAUCAUGCUAUCGUAGCUGUGUCAGACUUUCUGGAAUUGUGUUGUA